AGCCAGCUCCAGCUGUGGGAAGUGAGGCUGGAAAAACCUCUCAGCCGCAGAAAAUAACGUUUUUCGGACGUGCUUGAUAUUGAGUAGCCGUGACGUGCAAGACGCACCACGGGCCCGGUCGCUGGAGCCGAGAGGAGAGUCUCUCACACACGCACGCACAGCACUGAGGAAGGAGAGAGGCGAGCAGAGCGCCCGCUUGGAGCGGGAGAGCGGGGCGCGCACAGGCACCCUAAGCUGGAGCAAGAGAGCGGGGCGCGCAGCGCCGCGCGCUCACACGCAGCGGAGAAGGAGAGCGGGGCCGCACCGCAUCCCCACACGCUGGAGGGGGAGAGCGGGGCGCGCACACCCCACCGGACGGGGAGCCGAGCGCACAGGCGCACACGGGAGCGCGCGCACACACAGACUCUCUCUCACACGCUGACUGACUUGCUCUCUUCCUAACACACACACACACGCAGAGCUUUACUAUCUCUCUCCCGCUGUACUCCCUCCUCACUCAGCAUCCAAACUGCUUGCCGACAUCACCAGCCAAGGAUUUUUCCCCCCGGCCGCUGUCCGUCCAUCAGUACCUGAGGGGGGAGGAGGAGCGGGGAGAAAAGAGGAAUAAGAAUAAGUGUUUUCAUAAUAAUAACAACAGCCCAAACCCGCCACCACAUCUGCGUUAGGGCAGCAGUAGCCUGGAGAUCUCCUCUCAGCUCAUCGCUUGCCUGGUAUCUCCGCGGAUCGGUUCGUUGGGUUAGACUUUAGUUCAAGUUAAAAAAAAAAUCUUCGCUGUUCAGCCAGGUCCAUCCCCACCUGCAGUAUCUCUGGUCUGGGGCUUUUUUUUUCCCCCUUCACACGGUGGAUUUGGUGGAUCCGGAGCCAGAGCGUUGCGCGUGCUGGGGUUUCCUCUCUGCCUUUUUUUUUUUCCCCUCCCUUUCUUCUUCUCUCCUUUAAAUCUUGGGUUUGAACCUGAGCCUGGGAAAAUGGGAAACGAUGCAUCCGACAGAAGGGGAAUCUCUCCAUCACUGUUGUUGGGACGUGUGCCUGUGGUGCUAGUGGUUUAGAGAAAUAGCCUGACAGCUUUCGGAGUGGAAGGCCAAAUGACAUAGGAUGAAGGCUGUUCGUAAUUUGCUGAUUUAUAUAUUUUCCACCUAUCUACUGGUUAUGUUUGGAUUUAAUGCUGCCCAAGACUUCUGGUGUUCCACGCUGGUGAAGGGGGUCAUUUAUGGAUCGUAUUCUCUAAGUGAAAUGUUUCCUAAAAACUUUACAAACUGCACUUGGACGCUGGAAAAUCCAGAUCCGACCAAAUAUAGUAUUUACCUGAAAUUUUCCAAAAAGGACUUCAGCUGCUCCAACUUUUCUCUUUUGGCUUAUCAGUUUGAUCAUUUUUCCCAUGAAAAAAUAAAGGAUCUUUUAAAAAAUAACCAUUCUAUAAUGCAGCUCUGCGAUUCCAAGAAUGCUUUUGUAUUUCUGCAAUAUGAUAAGAAUUUUAUUCAGAUACGCCGGGUCUAUCCCGUCGAUUUCCCAGGAUUACACAAAAAGGAAGACGACCAAAAAUCCUUCUUUGAGUUUUUGGUGUUGAAUAAGGUGAGCCCGAGCCAGUUUGGUUGCCAUGUAUUAUGCACUUGGCUAGAGAACUGCCUGAAAUCCGAGAACGGGAGAACUGAGUCCUGUGGGAUCAUGUAUACAAAAUGUACCUGCCCUCAGCAUUUGGGAGAAUGGGGAAUAGACGACCAGUCCCUGGUGUUGCUCAGCAAUGUAGUGCUGCCUCUCAAUGAGCAGACGGAGGGGUGUCUGACCCAGGAGCUGCAAACUACCCAGGUCUGCAACCUUAGCAAAGAAGCUAAACGGCCUCCAAAAGAAGAAUUUGGAAUGAUGGGAGAUCAUACAAUUAAAAGUCAGCGACCUCGAUCUGUUCAUGAGAAAAGGGUCCCUCAGGAACAAGCUGAUGCUGCUAAAUUUAUGGCACAAACUGGUGAAUCUGGUGUUGAAGAGUGGGCCCAAUGGAGCACAUGUUCAGUUACUUGUGGUCAAGGGUCGCAGGUGCGAACCAGAACUUGUGUAUCACCUUACGGGACACACUGCAGCGGCCCUUUAAGAGAAUCAAGGGUUUGCAAUAACACUGCCCUCUGUCCAGUACAUGGAGUUUGGGAGGAGUGGUCACCUUGGAGUUUGUGUUCAUUCACAUGUGGUCGAGGCCAAAGAACAAGAACAAGGUCAUGUAUACCUCCCCAGUAUGGGGGAAGAUCAUGUGACGGACCGGAAACACAACAUAAACCUUGCAAUAUUGCUCUCUGCCCCGUUGAUGGACAGUGGCAAGAGUGGAGUUCAUGGAGUCAGUGCUCAGUGACGUGUUCCAAUGGCACCCAGCAGAGAAGUCGACAGUGCACUGCGGCUGCUCAUGGAGGUUCUGAAUGCAGAGGUCCUUGGGCUGAAAGCAGAGAGUGUCAUAACCCAGAAUGUACAGCUAAUGGUCAGUGGAACCAAUGGGGUCACUGGAGUGGAUGUUCCAAGUCAUGUGAUGGUGGCUGGGAAAGGCGAAUAAGGAUUUGCCAAGGUGCAGCUGUGACUGGGCAACAGUGCGAAGGAACUGGUGAGGAGAUCAGACGAUGCAGUGAACAGAGGUGCCCUGCACCUUACGAAAUAUGUCCUGAAGAUUAUUUGUUGUCAAUGGUGUGGAAAAGAACCCCAGCUGGUGACAUGGCAUUCAAUCGAUGUCCUCUCAAUGCCACAGGCACCGCUAGCAGACGCUGCUCUCUCAGUGUUCAUGGAGUGGCCUUCUGGGAACAUCCAAGUUUUGCUAGAUGCAUAUCAAAUGAGUACAGACACUUGCAGCAUUCAAUUAAAGAGCAUCUUGCCAAAGGACAGAGGAUGCUGGCUGGUGAUGGAAUGUCCCAGGUGACCAAAACACUGUUGGAUUUAACUCAGAGGAAAAACUUUUAUGCAGGGGAUCUUCUGAUUUCUGUGGAAAUUCUCAGAAAUGUGACAGACACAUUUAAAAGGGCAAGUUAUAUCCCUGCAUCUGAUGGUGUCCAGAACUUCUUUCAAAUAGUUAGUAAUCUGCUUGAUGAAGAGAACAAAGAGAAAUGGGAAGACGCACAGCAGAUCUAUCCAGGAUCAGUGGAGCUAAUGCAGGUGAUUGAAGAUUUUAUACACAUUGUUGGAAUGGGGAUGAUGGACUUUCAGAAUUCAUACCUAAUGACUGGAAAUGUAGUGGCUAGCAUUCAGAAGCUUCCUGCAGCAUCUGUUUUAACAGACAUCAAUUUCCCAAUGAAAGGAAGGAAAGGAAUGGUUGACUGGGCACGAAACUCAGAAGACAGAGUUGUCAUUCCAAAAAAUAUCUUCACUCCGAUGUCAUCAGAACUGGAUGAAUCCACUGUAUUUGUGCUUGGAGCAGUGCUGUACAAAAAUUUAGAACUUAUUUUGCCCACUUUAAGAAAUUUUACUGUUGUUAAUUCCAAAAUCAUUGUCGUCACUAUAAGGCCUGAACCCAAAACAGCGGAUUCAUUUCUAGAGAUAGAGUUAGCACAUCUGGCUAAUGGCACAUUGAAUCCCUAUUGUGUGCUGUGGGAUGAUUCAAGAAUGAACGACUCUUUGGGAACCUGGUCCACCCAGGGAUGUAAAACUGUGCUUACCGAUGCAUCCCAUACGAAAUGCUUAUGUGAUCGUCUCUCUACCUUCGCCAUUUUGGCUCAGCAACCUAGAGAAAUAAUCAUGGAAUCAUCUGGUGCCCCCUCAGUAACCCUAAUAGUAGGCAGUGGUCUCUCAUGCUUGGCUUUGAUCACCCUCGCAGUUGUCUAUGCAGCAUUAUGGAGGUACAUCAGAUCUGAGAGGUCAAUAAUUCUAAUUAAUUUCUGCCUAUCUAUUAUCUCAUCAAAUAUUCUUAUACUGGUUGGACAAACUCAGACACAUAAUAAGGGCAUCUGCACCACGACCACUGCAUUUUUACACUUCUUCUUCUUAGCUUCGUUCUGUUGGGUUUUGACAGAAGCGUGGCAGUCGUACAUGGCUGUUACUGGAAAAAUUAGGACACGACUCAUAAGGAAACGCUUUUUGUGCCUUGGAUGGGGUUUACCAGCAUUAGUAGUGGCAAUAUCAAUAGGCUUUACCAAGACGAAAGGAUAUGGAACAUCUCACUACUGCUGGCUGUCUCUCGAAGGAGGACUACUCUAUGCAUUUGUUGGGCCUGCAGCUGCUGUUGUCUUGGUCAACAUGGUGAUUGGCAUUUUGGUAUUUAAUAAACUUGUUUCCAGAGAUGGGAUCCUAGAUAAAAAGCUCAAACACAGAGCGGGUCAGAUGAGUGAGCCUCAUAGCGGUUUGACGCUCAAAUGUGCCAAGUGUGGAGUAGUUUCAACAACAGCUUUGUCAGCCACCACCGCCAGUAAUGCCAUGGCAUCCCUUUGGAGUUCCUGUGUUGUGUUGCCUCUUCUGGCUCUGACGUGGAUGUCUGCAGUUCUGGCCAUGACAGACAAAAGAUCAAUAUUAUUUCAGAUACUCUUCGCAGUAUUUGAUUCAUUGCAAGGCUUUGUUAUUGUCAUGGUCCACUGCAUUCUCCGAAGGGAGAGAAGAAAAUCACGUUAUUCGGACCUUGACUUCGAAAAGGUCAUGCAUACAAGGAAGAGGCACAUGGAAUUGUUUCAGGAAUUAAAUCAGAAAUUUCAGACUCUGGAUAGAUUUCGGGAGGUACCAAAAUCAGGAAGUAUGAACAAACAUCCAGACUGCAAUUCAGAAAACAAAUUUGCAGUGCAGCAAGAGAAGCAGUGUUGUUCUAGGAGGCACAAGAGGCAUAAUCACGUGACCUUCGAUUUCUGUCAGGAACCAAAUGGAGGUCAAAUGGAAAACCCAACACCAAACAAGGCUCCAUGGGACAGUUUCAAAAACACAAAUGAAUACCAACACUAUACCACAAUAAACGUAUUAGAUACAGAGGCAAAAGAUGCUUUAGAACUAAGACCAGCAGAAUGGGAGAAGUGUCUGAACUUGCCUUUAGAUGUGCAGGAAGGUGACUUUCAAACAGAAGUUUAACAAAAUCAAAACAAACUGAAACAAAAACAAAACAAAAAUGAAUUCAUUGCACUGACACUAAAGAGACUUGGGAAGCCUGACAUUUGUGUCUGAACAUUGUGACUACUUUAUGUCAGGAUCUUCAUGUGCCAAAUGUCAGUGGUUUUUUUCGUACAAUAUAUUCCCACUAGUAAAGUUAGUGGAGAACCAGGUGUACAAUUCUUACCAUCGUGUGUUGUAAGUACCCGUGGAAUGGAUUUGUAAGGUAAUCUUUAUAGAUAAACCUCAAGCAACGAUUCAUGUUGUAACAGCUUCAUUUGGUUUAGUUUUCAAAAAACUUCACCAUGAAGCACAAUGUAUAUAUUUAUGCAGUUUUUAAAGUUUAUAACAGUCUGUUUGGCCAUUACUACACUUUUUACUUUAUAAUAUAAAAGCAAAGUUUUUGUCAUUAAAUGAAUGUCUGUUGAGCUACAUUCUUCAUUGCUUUAAAUGCAAUAAAGUAAUAAUCUCACUUUUAUAUGAAUAAUAUAUUUCACAUCUUUAUUAUUGCAGUUUUCUCCGGAAAGCUCAGAGUAGCUUUCUCUGCUGCAGCUGUGUAUAAAAUAUUUAAAAUGUUGUAUGGUGUAAAUAAACUUUUGUCUACA